AUGGAAGAUUCUAAUUACAAAACCCUCCAAAUCAAGCGGAAAUCCCCAAAUUCAAGAGUGUUUAAUCUGGUAAUCAAUCGCCCCUCCCGCGGCAACGCCCUCUCCGCCGACUUCUUCACCGAGUUCCCCGCCGCCCUCUCCUCCCUCGACCGCAACCCCGACGUCGCCGUCGUCGUUCUCUCCGGCGCCGGGAAGCACUUCUGCACGGGGAUCGACCUCCACCUCCUCAAUUCCAUCACUCAUGACGCCGCGGAGGAGGGGCGCACUCGUGAGAAGCUCCGUCGCGAGAUCAAGUCGAUGCAGCAGGCCGUGACGGCGGUGGAGGAGUGCAGGAAGCCGGUGAUCGCGGCCGUCCACGGCGCGUGCAUCGGCGGAGGCGUGGACAUAAUCACGGCGUGCGAUCUGAGGUACUGCACGGAGCAGGCGGAGUUCUCGGUGAAGGAGGUGGAUCUGGCGAUCACGGCGGAUCUCGGGACGCUGCAGAGGCUCCCCGGCAUCGUCGGGUUCGGGAACGCGAUGGAGCUGGCGCUCACGGCGCGGCACUUGUCUGGAUCGGAGGCGAUGCGGCUAGGGCUGGUGUCGCGAGUCUUCGGAGAUAGAGAAGCGAUGGAGGAAGGGGUGGCUGAAGUGGCCGAGGGGAUUGCUGGGAGAUCGCCGCUUGCUAUAAUCGGGACGAAGCGGGUGUUGAUUGAGGGCAGGGACAUGGCGUUGCAGCAAGGUUUGGAUUAUGUUGCCACGUGGAACUCUGCGGUGCUUCUCUCUGAUGAUUUGAGGGAAGCACUUUCUGCUCACCUCCAGAAGAGGAAACCGUUGUUUGCUAAGCUCUGACUUGUUUUAUUCUUGUCAAUCUAUUUUUACUGUAUUUCGUUAUCUAUCUCAGUAUUGUGAUGCAAUCUCACUUUAACAAAGCUAAACAUUGCACUCCA